GCCGGCUUGGCCUGUCAAUCAAAAUGUUAACCGUCAAGCCGUUUCUUACCCUGGUGGGACUAACGUUAACUGGUCAGUGUGCUGUCAACAAGGCGUCCAGUAGCAGAAGACCUGCACCGAAGAAUGAGGAUAAACUUGUUGUAAGACAGCACAAACGUUAGUCCUACAUCAGAAGAUGGAAGUGCAGGACCAGGAGUCUCUGGGGAUGUGGAAUGGGCUGGGCAGCCGGGAUGCCAUCUCCAGAACCGAAGUCAUGGAGAACAUCCGCCAGGACGUCAUGAGGAAAGUGGAGGCCAUCAGACCCAUACCGUCACUGGCCCCGUCGCCCCCAGCCUCUGGGAGCCCUCCUAACAGCGACCUGAAUGACACCCUGGCUCACCUCCUCAUGCUGUCCAAACGGUGUCCCUUUGACGACGUCAAGGAGCGAUGCGUUCGACUUCUACGGGGCGUCCAGGACUUGGGAGUAAGGAUCCCAAGACCCUUAGGAAACGGACCAAGCAGAUUUAUCCCUGAAAAAGAGAUUCUUCAAGUCAGUAAAGUGGACGCCAGGACACAGUCGAUAUUCGAGGAUGCGUUUGCAGCCCUCGGUCGCCUCGACAACAUUUCUCUGGUGAUGGGCUUCCACCCGCAGUACCUGGGGAGUUUUCUCCGGACGCAGCACUACCUGCUGCAGAUGGACGGACCCCUGUCUUUGCACUACCGACACUACAUCGGCAUCAUGGCGGCAGCUAGACACCAGUGUUCCUACUUGGUCAACCUCCACGUGAAUGACUUCCUCCAGGUCGGGGGUGAUCCCAAGUGGCUGAACGGCCUGGACGAAGCCCCGCAGAAGCUGCAGCAGCUCGGAGAGCUCAACAAAAUCCUGGCCCACCGGCCGUGGCUUCUCACCAAGGAACACAUCGAGCGUCUUCUGAAGGCGGAGGAGCACAGCUGGUCCCUCGCGGAGCUCAUCCACGCCGUGGUCCUCCUCACACACUACCACUCCCUCGCCUCGUUCACCUUCGGCUGCGGCAUCACGCCCGAGAUCCACUGCGACGGCGGACACACCUUCAGACCCCCCUCCGUCAGCCAGUACUGCGUCUGUGACAUCGCCAAUGGGAACGGUCAUGCUAUACACCACGACGAUCUGUUUGGCGACCAGGAGAUGUGCGGCGAGGUGGAGGUGCUGAUGGAGCGCAUGAAACAGCUGCAGGAGUGCCGCGACGACGAGGAGGCGAGCCAGGAGGAGAUGGCGACUCGCUUCGAGCGGGAGAAGACCGAGAGCAUGCUGGUGGUCACGGCGGAGGACGAGGAGUGCGUCCCCUCCAGAGACAUCUCCCGACACUUCGAGGACCCCAGCUAUGGCUACAAGGACUUCUCCAGGAGGGGGGAGCAUGUGCCCACGUUCAGAGUGCAGGACUACAGCUGGGAGGAUCACGGCUUCUCUCUGGUCAACAGACUGUACCCUGAUGUGGGUCAGAUGCUGGACGAGAAGUUUCAGAUGGCCUACAAUCUGACCUACAACACCAUGGCGACACACAAGGAUGUGGACACCAGUAUGCUGCGCAGGGCCAUCUGGAACUACAUCCACUGCAUGUUCGGCAUCAGGUAUGACGACUAUGAUUACGGGGAGAUAAACCAGCUUCUGGACCGUAGCUUUAAGAUCUAUAUUAAGACUAUGGUGUGUAGUCCUGAGAAGACCACCAAACGAAUGUAUGAGAGCUUCUGGAGGCAGUUUCAGCACUCCGAGAAGGUCCACGUUAAUCUGCUUCUUAUGGAAGCGCGAAUGCAGGCAGAACUGUUAUACGCUCUGAGAGCGAUCACCCGCUACAUGACAUGAAGUGCUUUUUGGCGUUUUUAUCGUUGUCUUUUUACUGUCAUUGUCGUUGCUCAUUAUGGGACACUUCAAGAAAAGAAAAAAAAAUCAAAGGGGGGGGAUUCAACAAAAAAAAAAAGUGGAAGAGACGCGAGAAGCCCUGGGUUGUGACGGUGCUUGUUGGACGGAUGUUGAGAAGAGGAUCAGAACAAAUGAAAUGUUGAAGAAACGUCAUCUCAAACUACAAGUGGAUACACUUUCAUGUUGCCUGCAGUGCCAAAACUGACCAAGAGAGGGCAGCCUGGAGCAAACUCCUGCACUGCUGGGGAGUUUGUGAGCACUGACACCGGAGGAGGGAAAGCGUCCAGGACGAUGUUUCAGUAUUCCAGCGUAUCUCUUCUGUCUCCUGGUAGAGUGAAGACCCACAGAAAACCCCCCAGAAAAGCUGUGCAGCCAGAAACAGUCUGCACUUUGAUUCACUGUUAUAUUUGUUUAGUUUCUUUGAUAUCUUUUUAUUUCAUUUUUUGUAUUAAGGGAUGUUGUUGUCAAUGUGGUUGCUGUUAGUGGUAACUGGAGAUGGAAGCAUUAACGUUUUUUUUUUUACGUGUGCCUGAACUAUCCAGCACAGUGUGCAUACGUGCUGAUGCUGCUGCUCCCAUGUUGUAUUCAGCGGGGUCAUAUUGAUCCCCAAAUCACCCCCAUUAUACCCCCGAAGCCCCUAUCCAUUAGAAAUCCACUGCAUUACACCCCCCCCCCCCCCCCCCCCCUCCCCUCCUGUCCUCCACCCACAUCCCAAACGUCAAUGUAAGCUAAUCCGAGGAGUGUGUGAAAACCAGAGAGAGGUGUGGAAAGAAACUCAAAGAACACUGUCUGAGCCCCUUUUUUUGAGUUUGACUGUAAACGUGUGGAUGUGUUCAUGAUGACUGAGGUGUGAAUGUUUGUGUGUGUGUUUCACAGAAAAAAAAAGUUUUGAAUUUCAUGUGUCAAAAAAAAAAGAAAAAAAAAGCGAGGCACUUUGAAGGAAAAGACUUCUUGCUUCUGCUGUAGCUCUGUUAUUGUGAGAUAACUGUUUAUCAUUUGUUGUUGAUGAUGAUGAUGUCUUUUAUUUUUCUGGUAAUGGGGAAAAAUAAGAAAAAAAAAAAAAAGCUAAUCAAAAAGAAAGUUAGAAACCAGGUUUUCCAGGAGGGAUUUGCUUCCGGUUGCCCUAACCACACCGUAUCUGUCUUCCGCUUAUCCCAGCUGCCUGGUCACCCUAACACUUUCGAAGCUUUUGGAUUGUGAAUUUACCAGUAAAUGAAUACCUCUUCUGUUUUUCUCUAUAAAACAUAUAAGAAGUGCUCUUUGAUGAGCAGAGACUCUUUCCGGGCCGCCGCGUCCCCAUUGCUCGGGGACCCGGCGGGCCCACACAGGGCCGACUGCGGUCGAGUAGCUGUCGAACGCAAAAGGUUGUAGCUGUGCUUAUUUUCCCUGCUGGGGAAAUCUAACCAGUGCAAAAGCAGCUUUUUAUUUUUUAUUUUGAACAGAGGUGUGAAACCUCUGCUGUUUUUGUUUUUUGUUUACUAAAACCAGUAAAGUACUGCAUUCUUCUGAGGGUGGAUUGAGAGACAGAUGAAUGAGUGAUGAGGAGGAGGAGGGCGAUAAAGGAAUGGUACAUUUGGAAGUGGUUUGAGAGGAAGUGGAGUUUUUUUUUUCUUUCAAACUUCUGACUGAUGUCAGUUACUGACACUUUUUUUAUAUGAAAUUAAAUGAAAAAGAUGAAAAAAAAAAAAAAAAAUCUGAUGUUAAAUUGUUGUGUAUCAUUCGUAGUUUUCUCCUAAACAAUUUGACUUCAUUAUAAAGAGAUUGUAUUAGAUGUGUGGAGGCCGACGCAAUUCAGGAAUCAAACAGUCAGCACAAUCAGCUCACUCCCACUGUUCAGUUGCACAAGUAUAGGAAACUAAAUAACCCAUAGAUGACUCAUGAAGAUCACCAUGUUCCAAAGUACAAUCAGCUGUUUGAUAAUAAAGCUGACUUCAUCAACAGUACGGUCCAGGGACUUUCACGUGAAUUUAAUUUUACUGUGAGAAGUGUGUGACUCACUGGGAACCAGGUAAUAUCCCUGUGGUGCGAUCAAGGUCAAAGUUUCUCUUUGCUCCUGACCAACAUUCGGAUCGAGAUAACGGGGAACUCCUAUGAGACCUCUUCUCUCUUUCCACGUCACACCUCACCGGGAAAAAUCCAUCACUUCCCGGAUGAGAUUGAAGUUCAGCGUGUUUCCAGGUGUUACCCCCGCUGACCAAACUGCCUUCACAUUUCAGUGGCUUUUCCCAGACGAUAUAAUAAAUAGGAAACAUCUUGAUAUCAGCCAGCCAACCGUCUUUCAUAUCAACUUCUACGUAGAGAACAAUGUUUGUUAUUAGCUCUGGCUAAUGAAUCGUUUAGGGUUUUUUGAAGCAUCGGCUUGUCUUGUGGUUGUUUUAAGGUCACUAUUGUGUGAAAACUGAUUGGGGGGAGUUGACGACGAGGGUUUUUACAUUAAGUGCCGUUUCUGAUUUGUUUCGAUGUAAUAACCAUGUGAUUUUGAAAAUGCUGUACUUUUAGGCUACUUGGUGUAAGUUGUAAGCACUGCCUGGGCCCAUAUCUGUGUAAUAAUAAAGGCUUUGAGAAGCAAAAAAAAAAA